AUGGAUGGGGGAGUUGUGAGGAUCCAAAGACGGCUGGGACCCUUGCUCUGGCUGUUGCUGCUGCUGCUACCCCUGAGCCUGGAGGCCUCCUCCACCCCACACAUCGAUGGCCACAGCUCCACUCAGGCUCCUCGUGAGGCCAGAGGGAGCCAGGAGGCCCAGGAAAGCCAGCAGCUGGCAGCCAGUGAGCCCCCGGGCUCCUCAGCCCAAACUGAAGGUCUGUUUGAAGCAGAGGGUAUGGGGCUGAGGUGGGCCUCUGAGGAACAGGCAGAGGAGCUGGGGGCAAUAGGGGACAAAGUCUUUUCUCUACCCUUCCCUUCCAAUCAGGUAGCCCCAGAGAUGGCAUCAGCAGAGGUGGUGGGCGGUGUCUCCACAGUGUGCGGGAAGCCCAAGGUGGUGGGGAAGGUCUAUGGUGGCCAGAAUGCGGAGGCCGGCCAGUGGCCAUGGCAGGCCAGCGUACUCUACAAUAGUUUGCACCUCUGCGGAGCCGUCCUCAUCGACACCCACUGGCUGGUUUCAGCUGCCCACUGCUUUUUCAACAAAUCCCAGGACCUGGAGAACUAUCAGGUUCUGCUGGGAAACAUCCAACUGUAUCAGCAAACCCAGCACACCCAGAAAAUGUCUGUGAACCAGAUUAUCACCCACCCAGACUUUGAGAAGUUCCACCCCUUUGGGAGUGACAUUGCCAUGUUGCAGCUGCACCUGCCUGUGAACUUCACUUCCUACAUUGUUCCGAUCUGCCUCCCAUCCCCAGACAUGCAGCUGCUCAGUAAUGCAGCGUGUUGGAUAACCGGCUGGGGAAUGCUCACCGAGGACAAUAAAAGGGGGACUGUACACACAGCACUGCCCCCUAGGCCUUAGGUAGUAUAUUGUCCCACACAUAGGGCACAGUGGGUGGGGCCACAUGUUAACAGAUUCAGAUCCAUGAUUUUCUACUUUGAAAGUCAGUUCAGGAGCCUCUCUCUCUCUCUCUUUACUCAGGGCGAUUCCGGGGGGCCCCUUGUCUGCAACCACCACAGUUCCUGGGUCCUGGUGGGGCUGGCCAGCUGGGGCCUGGACUGCCGGCAUCCUGUCUACCCCAGCAUCUUCACCAGAGUCCCCUACUUUGCUAACUGGAUCAACGAAACCAAGAGGCUCACUCCUCUUCCUGACCCUGCCUCCGUUCCUCUUGUCGCUGGGUCAGAGUCACAGCUCCUGAGGGACGCAGGCUCUCCUGGGCCCUGCACAGUGAUUAUACCUCCACAGACUUGGCUCUUGCUGCCAUUUACCCUUAGGGCCUUAUGGUGA